GAGCGUCAUCGUCGAGGUACAGAGGAAAAAACAAAGCCCUAAUUGCCUGCGCUCUUCUGCAUUUUCUUGCCUGAAUUGGUUCUUGGCUUUAGCUUUCUCUUUCGAUUGAUUGGUUUUUAUGUCUCAGCGGCCUGUAGUUUCGCCGGAUUGAGCUCUCAAAUGUCGGGAUUUGUGCUUUGGCAUGUCUGGUGGUUGUGCUGAGCUGGGCGGAGUGUCUUAGGAUUGAAGUGUGGCGUGGUGUAUGAAGCUGGAGUUUUCAUGGCGUUGCCCAGGAAAGUUUUGCUGAAGAAGGUGAGCAAGUUUGAGUCCAAAGAGCUGGAGAAGUAUAAAAUCGAUCCGUUACAUCUUCCAGAUUUUGAUAAGCUCCUUGACGAUGUUUACAUGGCACGGCGCCCUACACCGACUGAGUGUUUCAAUAGAACAGAUUUAAUUCGCGUCUUCAAUGCUAUAGCGAAGGAGAUAUAUGGAAACUCAAGUGAAUGCCCCACUGUGGUGGGAUUUGGCUCGUUUGUGAUGGAUAUGUAUAACACAGGAAGCGAUCUUGACUUGUCCAUCAACUUUGGAAAUCCUUCUGUUCAGUUUCCUCGGGAAAAGAAGAUACAAACUCUUAGAAAGUUUGCUAAAAAGUUCUAUUCUCUUCAAAGGAAGGGGCAUGUUACCAGCAUCCAGACUAUCAUGAGUGCGAGGGUGCCAAUUGUGAAAGUUAUUGAUUAUGGGACAAGAAUAGAAUGUGAUCUUUCAGUUGAGAAUUGGGAUGGCAUUCUGAAGUCGCAGCUUGUCCAUGUUAUUUCUGCAAUUGAUGACAGGUUUCAGAAGCUAAGUUUUCUGAUGAAAUCUUGGGCUAAAGCAAAUGGUAUUAACAGUUCCAAGGAUCGAACUCUAAAUUCUCUGUCCAUAAUAUCAUUAGUUGCCUUUCACUUGCAGACUCGCCAACCUCCUAUAUUACCUCCAUUUUCUGUGCUCUUUAAAGACGGAACUGAUCCUGCAAAUGUGAGGAAGAAUGUUGAUUCUUUUCUGAACUAUGGAAAAGCAAAUGAAGAAUCAUUGGCUCUACUCUUCGUGGCCCUCCUGAUAAAGCUAGCUUCAGUGGAGAAACUUUGGCAGAAAGGCCUUUGUGCCAGCGUGUUUGAAGGAUCGUGGAUCUCAAAAACAUGGGAUUCUCGUUGUGGCCCGAUAAGUGUCGAGGAUUUCACAGAAAGGUCUGAAAAUGUUUCAAGGGCAGUAGGAGUGGAAGAAGUCAAGAAAAUUUAUGACUGCAUCCAUCGUUCAAUUAUUGGCCUCCUUUUCUUUUUGGAUGGGAAGAUGCCAGCGGCGGAGCUAAAAGAAUUAUUAUUUGGUUCAGUUGAUGUGCCUACUCUAAAGAGUGCAGAUAAAAAUGAAGCCACAACAUCGAAUUCUCCAACUGUCCAUUACCCUGAUCAAAUUAAGAAGAUGCGAUUUAGUCGUAAUUCUGAGGAAACACGUGUUAAGAAUCAACAACAAGGACAACAAACGACCCGAGAAUGGGAUGCUUGGCAUUGUAUGAACAACCGAAGAACGCAAGUUAAUGGUUGGGGAUGGAGUGGACCGGUGAAUGGCCAGAGUUUGCAAAAUGUGGCACCUCAGCCAGUUUCUGAUCAACAUCCGGUUGAUUCAAAUUGGGAUAGUAAGAUCACUCCUUGCAUUUCUCCUCCCGUGCUGCACCCUGCAGCAGUUGCGGAGCGGUGUAAUCGAGCAUUACCACAACCUGUUGUUUCUACUUAUAAUUCCCUCAGUUAUGAUGCAUCUCGAGCUCAACCACAUUCUUCCAAUGUCUUGCCUUGGCCGAGCACAGGUACUCUGCACUCGGGCCAGCCACAACCUAUACGCAGGUAGCAUCAUGUGCUGCUUCACACCCAUUUCAGGUGAUUGUAAGUCUAGCUUGCUCUGUUGAGUAUGUUGUAUCCUGUCAAAUUGCUGCCAUUCAUUGAUAGUUGGCAAGAAAGCUUUGUAAAGGCAACCUGUACAGUACAAAGUGACAAUUCUGGCUAGCCUUCUUUUUCCAGCUUAACUGCUGGAUAAUUGAGCGGGACGAUUUCAUGUCACCCAGAUAUUUAUAGGUACCUCAGGAACAUCACAUCAUAUCUUUAGUCCACCUCUCUCAAUUGCCAACUGGUAAGUAAUGUGAAUCAGAUUAUCCAUCACUUGAUAAUUGGGGUAGGUGGACCGCUUAGGGUAGUGACAUGCUUUUGCUGUAUAUCGAAUAACAUUUCAUAGGUUGAUUUUCUUGCUUUGUAUAUAUUGGAAGAAACGUUGUUAAUAAAA